AGCCAGUAGUCGGACGUGAAUACUCGGUCGUGCAGCGUGCGUUUGGGGAAUAGUGGAAAAGUGAGCGUAGCAAACGAACGUGUUGUGAGGUGUCAGCGUUAGUUGUUUGUUGGCACAAAAAAACAAAGAAAAACAAAAAAAUAUAGAAAAAAACCAAAAAAUAUAGAAAACAAUUCGUGAAAAGCACAAAGGCAACAAAUUCAAUCUCCGACUCAGCAUGUAAAUCAGCAUAUAUAACCCGGAAUUGGUUUCUACAAAGCAUCAUUUGCUUCUAACUAAAUUUUCAUCAAUGUUCAGAGAGUUCAAAUGUCGUCCGCAAAGCUGCAAAACACAAACUGUUGACUACGCAAGAUCCUUAACUAAAAGUACAAAUACCAACAAUGGGUAAUUCUUGUAAAAAAUCACAAAAUCCAAAAAUACCCGACGAUGUCAAUGAUGGCCUUGAGACAUUGGAGGAAUAUCGGAGCCGUUGGCGUUCGGUGCGCGUUAUUUAUUUUACAAUGUUCCUGAUGUCACUUGGCUUCAGUAUUAUACUAACUGGCAUAUGGCCGUACUUAAAUAAGCUAGAUCCAAAGGCGGGCAAAGAGUUCAUGGGUCUCAUUGUUGCCGCAAAUCCGUUGGGUCAGAUGAUCUUCAGUCCGCUCUUCGGUUGGUGGAGCAAUAGGAUUGGUAGCAUACGUUUACCCUUACUAUGUUCGUUGGCGUUGUUCACAUUCGCCAGUGGGCUAUAUUCAUCACUGGAAAUGCGUCCCGAUCAUGUCAAGUACUGGAUGUUGAUCUCACGUUUCUUAAUUGGCGUCAGUUCGGCAAAUAUUGCUGUGUGCCGUUCGUACUUAUCGGCAGCGACACGUUUGAGUGAACGCACGAAAGCCGUUUCGAUGGUGUCACUUGCACAGGUGUUGGGCUUCAUUGUGGGACCCGGUCUACAGACGGCUGUAACACCAUUGGGUAAUGAUGGCUAUAGUUUUCUUUGGGGCUCCAUUGUUUUCAAUAUGUACACGGCUUGUGGCUGGAUAAAUGUACUUAUGAGCAUUGGCAACUUCGUCAUGUUUCUGCCGGGACUAUUCGAAGAGCAUAAGAUAGCUGCACGCGAAAUAAUGAUAAAACAGGGUAAAAGUUCGGAGCGUGAAACGUGGAAGGCCAUCAAACCGGACUAUGUGUCAGCCUGGACCUUAAUUAUGGCAUUCUUCGUGUUGGUCUUCAACUUUGUGCUGCUUGAAACACUCGGCACUUCUCUCACCAUGGACCAGUUUGCAUGGAGCAACCAUGAAGCGCUCUACUACAUGGGCAUUCUGAUGUCAGUGGGUGCUAUUGUGGCACUCGCCACAUUCGUUGCCAUCAAUCCGCUUUGUAAAGUUUUUCCCGAACACUAUGUGCUCAUAUGGGGUGGCUUUUCGUUAAUGGUACUCGGUCGUGUGCUGUAUAUACCUUGGGGCGAUGGACCACCUGUUAUUGCUGAAGUUUACAAUGAAACAUUACCGCUGACGGGCAAUGCUACAAUAGAUCUCGAUCCGAAUGAUAUCGUAUUUCUCGGCUGUCCCAAAACGCAGCCCUGGUGUGAGCUAACGCCAGCGCUGACUUUGACACAAUUCAUCAUCGGCUACGCAUUCACCUCGAUUGGUUAUCCGAUCGGUGUCACAUUGAUACAGACGAUCUUCUCAAAGGUUUUGGGACCACGACCGCAAGGUGUUUGGAUGGGACUGAUGACUGGUGCGGGUUGCUUGUCACGCGUAUUGGGACCGGUUUUUGUAGGUGUGAUCUAUACACGCUAUGGCACAUACUGGACGUUCGGCAUAACGUCGGUGAUGAUGUUCGUAGCCAUGAUUUGGUUGCUGUUAUCUAAAAAUCGUUUGAUACCACCGAGUUUCGACAAUCCUAUGGGUGCCGAAAUGCAAACAUUGAGUACAAAUAAAGUGCCACUAGAAUCAGCGGAAGUAGAGUACAAAAUAGUGCCACAAAUUGAUGACGAAGCGCCGGCGCUGAUAGAGAAUGAAGAUGAACUGGAUACCGCUCUAAAUACAGCGUUGUUUUCGGACAAAAAUAACAUAACUAUAGUUGUAGCGGAAAACAGUUAUAAGUAGGUGUACUAUAUGUGCCUCGGAAGUUCGGCUUGCAUUACAAAACUUGUUGUUGAGCAUAAACUCUGGUUUGAAAAAAGUAAAAAUUACAAAAUUAUAAACAAAUUAUGAAAUAUCACUUCAAACCUUCUCAAAAAAGUUUUUUUGUGAAUAUAGUGUUAUAUAUUCCUCUAUGUAAAUUAUGUUUACGAUAGUUUUAAUAUUAAUUAUGUCGAAAUUAUAGGUUUUUACAGUUGCCAAGUGUAUUUGCUAUUGUUUACUUUAGGAUAAGUAAUAAUUUUAUAUAUUUACAUAAAUAUGUUUACAAAUAUAUACUAAAUUUGAAUAUUUUUAUAAACGCAAAUUUAG